AUGCGUCCCUUAUUGCUAGACAGUGUCGUCUGCGACGAAGGCAUAGCUCCCGAUGCUCUGGAACCUAUUGCAAUCGUCGGCCUUGCAAACCAUUUUCCCCAACAAGCCUCAACAACCGAGGGUCUAUGGGAGCUGCUUCUAGAAUCCCGUUCGACAUGGUCACCUAUACCCAAGGAAAGAUUUAAUUCAGACGCCUUUUAUCACCCUGACCCCGAACACGGAGGAACAUUUCAUGUCCAAGGAGGUCACUAUCUCUCUGAAGACCCCGCUUACUUCGAUGGAUCUUUCUUCAAUAUCACCAAGAAUGAACUCUUGACUCUUGAUCCUCAGCAGAGGUUGGUCAUGGAAAAUGUAUACCACGCUUUGGAAAAUGCAGGUAUUCCUCUAUCCUGUGCUGUUGGCUCCAACACAUCCGUUUUUGUCAGCGGAUUCAAUCAUGACUACCUUGGAAUUCUCAACUCUGACCCAGAGACGUCUCUUAAGUACAAGCCUACGGGUGUCACUAAUGCCAUUCUGUCAAACCGUGUCAGCUGGUUUUUUGACUUCAAAGGUCCCAGUAUGACCAUUGACACAGCUUGCUCCAGCAGCUUGGUGGCUUUACACCUCGCUGUGCAGAGCCUAAGGGCUCGAGAAACCAGCAUGGCCAUCGUUAGCGGUGUGAGCAUCCUCGAGAACCCCGUAGAGACCAUCGGCAUGAGCCACCAUGGGCUUCUGGGGCCUCAAGGACGUUCAUUUAGCUUCGACUCACGUGCCGAAGGGUAUGCGCGAGGUGAGGGUGUCGGCACAAUUGUGGUGAAAUCUUUGCAUACUGCGCUGAGGGAUGGUGACUCUAUUCGCGCGGUCAUUCGUGAAACUGGUGUCAACCAGGAUGGCCGCACUUCAGGAAUCACAGUGCCCAGUGCCGAUGCCCAAGAAAGACUUAUACGUGAGGUAUACUGGAGAGCUGGUCUGGACCUUGAAGAUACACGACUUGUGGAAGCCCAUGGCACGGGAACAAGUACCGGAGAUCCUAUCGAAGCCGGCGCCCUUGCACGCGCAUUCAAAUGCCGGCGAGAUACUCCGCUCUACAUCGGAACUAUCAAAUCUUCCAUUGGACAUCUGGAGGGAGGCUCCGGCGUGGCGGGAAUUAUCAAGGCUAUCCUCACUCUUGAAUCCGGCAUCAUCACGCCCAACUACGACAUGAAGCAAGUCAACCCUAAGAUCCCUGCUGCAGACUGGGGCAUCAAGUUCCCCACUGAGAAUAUUCCGUGGCCCUCGCAGGGCUUACGAAGGGUAUCAGUCAACUCAUUCGGAAUUGGUGGCACCAAUGCUCAUUGCAUCCUUGACGACGCCUACAACUAUCUCGAUGAUCGCCAUCUCGCAGGAGCUCAUUGCACAACUCCGAUUGUUCCAACAAAACAGAAUAUAAAGCGCCAGCUGUUGGCCAUUUCCAACUUUGCAAAAGACACAGACCAUAGCUUCUCAGAUAGCGCAGUGGAGAGUGAUCACUCAGGGAAUGGUUAUGUCUUUGUUGACACCCCUUCAACUGAUGGCUUCUGCUCCUCUCCUACCUACGCCUCAGCUGGCUAUACAAACAUGGGGGACCAACAGAAGGUUUUCCUGCUCUCUGCAUUCGAUGAAGAUGGCGUCAAACGAAAUGCAUCUGCACUAGCCAAGUAUCUCAAGCGCAAGAUGAAGCAGUCAGGCCUCCACACACAACUCCUCGAUGAUCUUUCGUUCACUCUGUCCAAGAAAAGAUCCCAGUUUCCUUGGAAAAGCUAUGUCAUGGCAUCUUCUGUUAAGGAGCUGGCAUGGAAUUUGUCGGAAUGCAAUUACGUCAAACCUAUAAGAAUGACCCAAUCACCGGCUGUUCAUUUUGUGUUCACUGGUCAGGGCGCUCAGUAUCAAACCAUGGGCCGAGAGCUCAUGGUAUAUCCUGUUUUUCGGGAGUCUCUAGAGGAAGCAUCCGACUACAUUCGUCGGCUUGGUAGUCCCUGGUCACUACUCGAUGAACUGUUAAUUGAAAGAACAUCACUCCGAGUUAACUUGCCCGAACUUGCCCACCCGCUUUGUACUGCCCUGCAAGUUGCUCUUGUAGACCUCUUUGCUAGCUGGGGUAUCUUUGCAACACACGUAACAGGCCACUCAUCUGGUGAGAUAGCGGCUGCUUACUGUGCCGGAAAGCUAUCCCGCGAGGCUGCCUGGAAAGUCGCAUACUUUCGUGGAUAUGUGUCUUCUAAGCUACUCUCGGCAAAAGGAGCAAUGAUGGCUGUUGGUCUCCCUGUGCAGCAGCUAGAGCCAUAUCUGGAAUCUGUUCGGAAGGACUUCGCUGGGGAGCUCAUCAUUGCCUGUCGAAAUAGCCCCAAGAACAACACUGUUUCUGGAGACGAGGCUUUGAUUGAUUACCUCAAAGACCUUCUUGAGGACGAUGCGGUUUUCGCUCGAAAAUUGAAUGUGAAGAACGCCUACCACUCAGCUCACAUGCAAGCUAUCGCUGGCGACUACCUCCGCUUCAUGGGCACGCUUCCUAAUGGAAGGCGAUUGGCAGCUCCACAUCCAGUGCAUAUGUUUUCUACUGUGACUGGAAAGGAAGUCAAAGAGCAUCAACUGCCUGGUCAAUACUGGGUGGACAACAUGGUCUCUCCAGUUCUUUUCACCUGCGGUUUGACUGAAAUGACUUCCCAAUCUACUUACUGUCUUGGUCCAAACAACUCAGAUCCCUUGCGUAUCCUAGUGGAAAUAGGGCCUCACUCAACCCUGCAAAGCGCAAUCAAAGAAACUCUCACCUCCAAAAGCCCCAAACUGGAAUACAAGUAUUUCCCAGUAAUCAAACGAACAGAUCACAACCAGAACACCAUUCUCACCGCAGUUGGCUUCUUAGGUGCUAGCGGCUGUGAGUUAGACUUCCAUGCCGUGAACCAAGCGUUUCAAUCAGAAGCAAGAAGGCGAUCCCAACUCUUGGUGGACUUGCCACCAUACAGCUUCAAGCAUACCGAGAAAAUCAUCUAUGAGAGUCGGUUAAGCAAGAACUUGCGAACAAGGAAGUUCCCACGUCACGACCUGUUUGGUGCACCCAUUACAGAUUGGAAUCCGAUUGCACCCAGAUGGAGGCACUUUGUUAGGUUGGACGAGAACCCUUGGUUAAGGGACCAUGUCGUUACUGGCAACUAUGUCUACCCUGGUGUGGGCUAUCUCGUCAUGGCCAUCGAAGCGUCGCGACAGUUAGCUGGUGAUGGAAAAACCACAGCAAAAAUCACCGGAUUCCAUCUCCGACGGGUUUCUAUGAAAAGAGCCUUGAUUGUCCCUGAUACAAACGAGGGGAUCGAAGUAUCUUUGUCAAUGGCCAAUGUCGAAGAUUCCCCAUCGACGUCAAGAAUCUGGCGCUGCUUCCACAUAGCGUCCUACAAUGCCUCGAACGACGAGUGGACAGAGAACUGCACUGGUCAGAUUAUGGUUGAGCAUGAAUCACCACACGAUCCCGUGGAUGCCGGCCGUGAGGCAGCAGAGGAGACGAAAGCUUGGAAAGCAGAUCUCGCACAUGCAAACAAAGUAUGUAGCAGUCCACUCAACUUCAAAUCUAUCUAUAACAACCUCCAAAAAUCCGGACUCGUCUUUGGCCCACUGUUCCAGAAUCUUUCAGAAGUCCGUGGCAGUGGCCUUGGUCCCAAGUCAGCCCUUGGAUCAGUCGUCGGAUCAGUGACUGUGCCAGAUAUUGCACAGUACAUGCCAAAACAGUUCAUGCACUCCCAUUUGAUCCAUCCUGCCACAAUGGAUAGCAUGAUCCACCUCAUGAUUGCAGCUGUUAUGGAUUACACUGGAAGAUCCACCUUAGACCAAAUCAGAUUGCCAACUUCCAUUCGCGAUGUCUGGGUGUCAGCAGAUCUCAAUCCAGCCCCAUCACACAAGUUUACAGGGCAUGCAAGUGUUUCUGCAGCCAAGUCCCACAAGUUCGAGGGCCAGAUACGGAUUCUGGAUGAAGAGUCAAACACACAACGUAUCCGCAUGGAUGGUAUUGAGCUCACUCCACUCGAAAACGACCUUCCUCAAAAAGCUGAGCGCAAGCUAUGCAGUGCAAUCGAGUGGAAACCUGAUGUCCAUUUCCUUGAUUCAGGUACUUCUUGUGGUUUGACCGCUCUUGCACCCACAGACACCAACGCUCAGUACUGGGUGAAACAGCUUCAGCUUGCCACAAUGCUCUAUGUCACAGAUGCACUCACUGAGUUUAAGGAUGCUGACUUCAUGAAGCUUGAUUUACAUAUGCAAAGAUUCGUUGAUUGGAUGAAUCAUUCUCAACAGCUGCUGAAGUCGAACGAAAUCAUUCAUCUUCCAUACAGGGAAUUCCAACAAGUCGCACAGAACCCUGCUCUGAAGGAAGCCGUUGGCAAAGAGAUUGAGUCACACAGUGCUGAGGGUGCUAUUACGGCCCGAAUGGGUCGCAAUAUUGUCAAGGUCGUAAGACGAGAGGUUGAUCCACUACAUCUCAUUUUCGGCCAAGAUGAUUUGAUGGAGCAGGUCUAUAAGGAGGGCCUCCAUCUCUACAACCUACCUCAACAUCUCCAAAGCCACUUGACUCUCCUUCGUCAUCAUUAUUCUGACUUGAGCAUUCUUGAAAUCGGUGGCGGGACUGGUAGCUUCACUGCAGAAGUCCUUACCGUCUUGUCCCCAGACCCAGAAAAGAGCAAAGGCAGCGUAGCAAGCUACACAUUUACUGACAUCUCAUCCGGUUUCUUCGAAAGGGCCAAGCAACGCUUCCAGCCAUGGGCGGAUAUCAUGAAGUUUCAAUCUCUCAAUAUUGAAAGCGAUCCAGCUGAUCAAGGGCUGCAACUAGGAACAUACGAUCUGAUUUUUGCUGGAAAUGUCAUCCACGCCACGGCCAACUUGCAAGCCACUUUGCAGAACCUGCGAUCUCUGCUUCGACCUGGUGGCCAACUCAUCAUGCAGGAAGGGAUCAGACAGGACUUCCUCUGGUAUCCCCUUGUUUUCGGACAACUUCCUGGAUGGUGGCUUGGUGAUGAGCCUAUGAGGAGAUGGUGUCCUUAUAUUCCUGCAACUGAAUGGGAUACCCUUUUACAGGCGUCGGGAUUCUCUGGCGUCGACAUUGAAUAUCCUAGUUCUGAUAAUCCUGAUCUGACUUGGCAGAGUAUUUUGGUUUCUUCUGCUGUCACUGCUUCCCAGGAGAAGACAUUUGGUGACGCAUUCAUCCUAACGAGCAGUUCAUACCCAAAGAGCAUAGAUGAGUCUCUAGUCAGCCUUCUACGGGAGAUGGGAUACACCAAUGUUCUCAUUCUGGAGCCAUCAGCGAUUCAAAAUAAUGUCAAGACAGGUUCACUCUGCAUCUCACUCCUUGAUCUGAAUUACAACUGCCUCGACAAUAUGAGUGAAUCAGAAUAUCAGGUCUUAAAAGGGGUCUUGACGAAGUGUCACAACAUUCUGUGGGUGACAACCGGUCAUCAAUCCCGCCCGCAUUCAAGCAUGAGCUUGGGUCUUCUUCGAUCGUUGCGUUGGGAGCGAGACCCCGACGGUUCAAACAUAGUUAUCCUCACUGUGGGAGACGACAACAAUUGCCUAACGGGAAACCUGGAUCGAGACAUUUGCAAGAUCGUAAAGCGACAAUUUGUGGAUGAGCCAGAGAAUGACCGCCAUGCUGAAUAUCUUCUACGCGAUGGUAUAACUCACAUUGGUCGCUUGAAGGAAUGGGACGCAGCGGACCAAUUCCUUGCCAGCCAGUCAUUUGGAUCAGGGCCCCAGCUUCAACGAAUUGGUCACAUUGAUCAACCCAUUCAGUUGCAAGAGCUAGAUUCUAGAAGUGGUGACUAUAUUUGGGUUACUGAUCGGCAGCAUGAAACGCCGUUGGGGGACACCCAGGUCGAGAUCUACACGCAGGCGGUUGGUCUCAGUUCACCUGGCCUUUCAAACAGCCUUUCAAAUGAAGCUGCCGGUUUUGUUACGAAGAUCGGGUCCAGGGUGACAAGCCUAAGCCCAGGUGAUAGAGUUGUCUGUGUCUCCGGCGACAAAGACGGUUGUUUCCGAACACAUAUUCGAGUCUGUCAGAAACUGGUAACCAAGAUCCCCAGCAACAUCUCUUUCGAAACCGCGGCCAGUCUGCCUGUUGCACUCCUGACAACAGACUAUGCACUUAACCUCUCAGAGAUUAGCUGUUAUUCAGGAAGCUGGGCCACGAUCUUGAUCCAUGAUGGUAUCGCUCCCGUCAGCCGAGCGGCCAUUCAAGUUGCCCUGGCUAUUGAAGCCGAGGUAUAUGUCUGUGUUACAACUGUUGAAGAUCGCAUGUUCAUCGUCUCUGAAUAUGGCAUUCCGGAGCAUCAUAUAUUCUCUAGUCGAGAUUUCAUGUUUUCCAAGGGUGUCAUGCGAUGCACCAAUGGCAAAGGAGUCAUGAUCAGUUUCAACACGCCAUCUGGCGAGGCACUUCAAGAGACAUUGAAAUGCAUUUCUCCAUUUGGGAAGAUUUUCGAGUUUGCAGAUUCAAAUGAAGAUGGCAAAACCACAAUUGAUUUGGCGUCGAUUCCCCGAUGUGCGAGCAUCCAUAGGGUCAACAUACCGUUGAUGGCUCAGCUAAGAGGGGAUCUCACUCCGCUUCUUUCAGAUCGACUCAGAGAGAGUCUUAUCUUGUAUUCUGAGGGCAAGAUCAAGGAGAUCCAAUCCGUGACUGUCAUGGACUUUUCUCAAAUCAAGGAAGGUAUCCAAGCUCAGAGCAGUGGCAAAGCCGGAAGCAUUGUAUUCACCCUGAACCCAUCGACCAUGAUUCCUGUAGUCCAGCAGCCAACAACACUGUAUCAUUUUGAUUCAAAUGCGUCCUACGUCCUUGCCGGUGGAUACGGCGGUUUAGGUCGCAGCCUCGCACGAUGGAUGGUAUCUCGCGGAGCAAGGAAUCUAAUUUUCCUAUCACGUUCAUCGGCAUCAGCUCCGGAGAAAGUGGAAAUGAUCACUGAUCUAACCAACAUGGGCUGCAAAGUCCAUUCACUUGCUUGUGAUGUUUCAGAUAUUCAAAGCCUCACAGAACUGUCCGAAAGAACCUUUCCCUAUCUGCCUCCAAUCAAAGGAUGCAUCCAAGCUUCCAUGGUAUUAAGAGUAGGUCGAUGCGUGUCUGGUACAACGCAAAAGCUAACAAAUUCCCAGGACGGCACCUUUGAAGCGCUUUCUUACGAAGAUUGGCAAGCCGCUAUCAAACCCAAAGUCCAAGGUUCUUGGAAUCUACACAAGACCCUGCCAAACGACAUGGACUUCUUCGUGAUGUUAUCCUCCGUCGCAGGCAUCUUCGGUAACCGUGGGCAAUCAAACUAUGCAGCAGGAAAUACCUUUCAGGAUGCCCUAGCUGCACAUCGGGUCUCACAAGGAAUGAAAGCGUCUAGUAUUAACUUAGGGAGCGUGUCCAAAGUCGGCUGGGUAGCCGAAAACAGAGAUACGAUUCGCACGAACACAGCACCAUUGUUCGAGCUCAUUAGGGAAGACGAAGUCCACGCAGCCGUGGAAUUUCUCAUUGAUCCCCGAAACGACAACACGCCGACCAAGAACUCACCCAGUCGAUCUCAACUUGUCCUCGGUCUCCCAACGGCAGAGAUCUGUCGCCAGAAUGGAGUGCCUGCGCCUACAUACCUCAACUACUCCAUGUUCACCCAUUUCCGAAAUACAGCUACGGCCAAAACCAGUGAAAUUUCUGAGCAGAAGACUUUCAGCACUGCCACUAUUUUGAGAGCAACUUCUAGCACUGAGAGUGUUGUCACUGUAAUUUCUGACGGAAUUGUUGCUCGGCUUGCUUCUCUGCUUGCCAUUCCUGCCUCCGAGCUUGACGCCCAACGAUUUGGCUUUGGUGGUAUUGACUCUCUCGUGGCUAUGGAGUUCCGCUCGUGGAUUACAAAGGAGCUUCAGGCUGAAGUCUCUCUUUUGGAUAUCAUGGGAGCAGAGAAUAUUAGAGCUUUAAGUGAGAAGAUUGCCGGGAGGACACGGCUGGUCGAAGGCUCUUCUUAA